GGAAGGUCCAGAGGCUUUACAAGUGUUGGAUGGUUCUUUCCAUUUGUGAACAAACAAUACAGUUUCUGUCGGCCUUCCAGAAGUUUUGUUUCAGGUAAAGUUUAUAAUUUAGAAUAAGUAUUAUCUUACCAGUAUUAUGCAUACGUGUAAGGAAUGGAAUAUGAUUAGCAAAUAUUAUUUAGGCGUAUAGGUUAUAUCAUUAGGUUGCAUAGGCAUGUGGUAAUGUUAUUCAAAUCUUCAGAUGACCACACAACCAAGGACCUCUACAAAUGAACCAGAUCAUGUCAAGACAGGGAGCGACCAGAGUCCUUUGCUGGAGGGUAAGUAGUUUCAACAGUUGUGUUUGUUUAUGGGCUGACUAAUCUAUUUGUGAAAGCUUGAGUAUAGAAAAAGAGCAGAGUUCGUAAAGAUCUAUUUGUCUGGUGAGGGUCAUCUUUGUAUUUGCUGGGUAAUGGUAGUGCCAGGUAUCAUAGAGUGGAAUACACUGAGUGUAUCAAACAUUAGGAACACCUGCUCUUUCCAUGACAUAGAUUGACCAGGUAAAUCCAGGUGAAAGCUAUGAUCCCUUAUUGAUGUCAGUUGUUAAAUCCACUUCAAUCAGUGUAGAUGAAGGGGAGGAGACAGGUUAAAGAUAGAUUUUUAAGCCUUGAGACAAUUGAGACAUGGAUUGUGUAUGUGUACCAUUACCAUUCAGAGGGUGAACGGGCAAGAUAAAAUAUUUAAAAGUGCCUUUGAAUGGGGUAUGGUGCACUGGUUUGAGUGUGUCAAGAACUGCAACGCUGCUGGGGUUUUCAUGCUCAACAGUUUCCCGUGUGUAUCAAGAAUGGUCCACCACCCAAAGGACAUCCAACCAACUUGACACAACUGUGGGAAGCAUUGAAGUCAACAUGGGCCAGCAUCCCUGUGGAACGCUUUCGACACCUUGUAGAGUCCAUGCCCCAACGAAUUGAGGCUGUUCUGAGAGCAAAAGGGGUGCAACUCAAUAUUAGGAAGGUGUUCCUAAUGUUUGUAUACUCAGUGUAUAUCCCCAUUGCAAGAGUGCUAAAGCUAAGAAAAUGUGGUCCCAUUCUACCUUGACUGCUGCAGACUUGUAUUCUUUAAAGGUUUAUCUGUGAAUUCUCUUAUGGUCAUGUUCAAGGGAGGAAAGUGGAUCCCAAUAAAUGCUAAAAAUCAAUAGUUUCCCCUCAUUAAACUUUAUGGGACUUUCAGCCUGUAUACACACCCUGCUUUGUGAGUCUCGCCUCUCAGAGACAUGUUGAAUAAUUAACAAACAGAAAUGUUUUGAUAAUGUGACCAAGUAUCUCUGCUGAUGAGCACACAUGCUGGGGUGUUACAGAUACAUAUCCGGACCUACAAUAUUGGCCUACAGUAGCCAAAUAGAUUCACUUAACAUGGUUACUCACCUGGUUGCUCAGGUCUAUAAGUCCCCUAACUUCAGAGUGACCUAAGGUUUUUGGAGCUAAGAGGAUGAGGUAUUGACUUUAUGUACUGUACUGUAUUUAAAGGAGACGUGUCUCAGCCCACAAAUUCUGGGGUGAUGAGCAGCAACAAGGUUGUGGUGAGUGGAGUGCGGAGGUUGAGCACCAUCUCAGAGCACGACCCAGACAAAGUGGAUACAGACCUCAGCUCUCAGGAUCCCAUGGGAGGCAGUGAGUGGGGCGGAUCCAGUUUCUCACUGUGUUCCAACAAGCCCAUUAACAACAGUAGCAACCGCUUCUCCUCCUUCGAAUCCCAUCAGCCUGACGCUGGGGGUAUUGUUUUUCCUCCUCUCUGAAAAUUAAGCUUCAAUGGUGAAUUUUGUCUAGUGUAAUUCCAUUAUCGUAACGAUUUAAAGUCUGACAAGUUGAAAAUCCAGAAAAAGAACAACCAUUGUUGAUAAUGCAGUAUCAUCUGUAUAGUCAUAAAACAUUUGGGCUCUACUAGUACUUACAUCUGCAGCCUUCCCCUAGUCUAGUGUGAGGUCAAAUGCAACUUUUUCACUGAUUUAAUAUUUCUCUCCCUGUCCCCAGAUGACUGUGCUGCCAUUCUGCUGGCCUGCCUCUACUGCCAGUUCUAUGACAUUGUAGUCAUGGUGCCAGACACAUGUGAGAGAGCUGUGAGCCGCUGUUUCCCCUCGUUCAAAUACCUAAAUGCGUCCAGGGAGCAGGAGCGGGGCAGUGGCUGGUGUAACUGCAACGUAGAACUGGACUGCAGCUGCUGCAACUCCUGUCAAGAGGGAGCCGAGUUACUGGAACUCGCCAUGGAGAUCUCUGAAGUCUGCUACCGAUGA